AUGGCCGACUACCAGGAGCUCCUACACACCAUCAGGGCCCUGCAGCCCUCCAGGCUGAGCUACAUCGAGAUCCUGCAGGAGGAGGUGCAGAGGAAGCAGGACAGGCCGUUGGAGAGGGGCAAACCGGAGGAGGAUGGUGAGGACGGGACGGGGAGGCCGCCGUCCAGCACCCAGGCCCCCCGCGGACGCGUCUCCCUGCCGACGGUGCCUUACUCCAUCCCUCCAGCGCUGGCUGUAUCGCCCGGCCUGGGUGGGCUGCCCAUCUCCCCAGAGAUGGCCGUGAAUCUCCGAAAGAUUUUAUUUGGCAAUACCUUUCACAUCUUCAACUAUGAGUGGAAAAAAUCCUUCUUCAGGUUCAGGGAGCCAUACUCAGAACUGUCCUAUGCCCUUGAGGCUGAGCUGGGUGGGGCCCGCGCCAUUCAGAUGGUAAUUCAGGCCAACAUCGUCAAAUACCUGCUCUUCACCCGGCGCACAGACUCUGACUGCUGUCGCAUGCAGAGCCUGAGAGAGGUGGGUGAGAAGGAGCAGGAGCGGGCUCUGGCUGCCGCCAUGACAGACAUCCUGUGGACAGCAGGCGAGGAGCAGAGUGCCACUGUAUCCCUGGUGACCUCUGAGUACAGCUUCACCCCACAUCUGGACUAUAAACUGGACAAUUUCACUGAGAGGUUACAACUUUUCAGCUUCAGUGAGAAAGAGGACGUUCAGAAAUUCAUGUAUGAGCACAUCCAAUGUUUUAAAGAGGAGGGGAGCCAUGGGGUUAUCCUGUUCCUGUACAGUCUCAUCUUCUCCAGGACCAUCGACAGACUCAGGGAGGACCUGGACUCCACCACCUCUCACCUCUUACAAGUGAGUCUGGGCAACUUUGUGUGUCGCCAGGCACUGUUGAACCUGCUGUUGACGGGACGGGCCAGUCCCAAUAUGUUCAACGGGACGCUGCAGUACGGUGAGGACGGGGGCUUGCUGGAGCAGCCUCUGCGAGGGGUCCUGGCUCGCAGCGAUGUGGGCUACCUGUACUGGAGCCGCGAGCAGGUGGAGCACGCCAAGCUGCCCAUGGUGGGCAGCAUGCUAAAGACACCCAAGUUACCCAUCUGGGUCUGCAACAUCAACGGCACCUACAGUAUUCUGUUCAGUCCCAACCGUUCCCUGCUUUCUGACUGGAAGAUGGAGCACCUGUUUGACCUGUACUUCUAUAACGGUCAGCCGUCCCAGAAAAGCACUGCGCUGCUGACCAUAGGUAAGAUAUUGUUACAUGCUGUCUGGAGACACAUGACAGAUCCCCCCUCUAAUGACAUGUCCUUUCUGCACCUCUGUGUACCUCUCUCCAUCUUAGACACACACUCCCAUCACUGGGAAGAGGGCCAGCGAGAAACACAGGGGGACCCAGAGAAGAGGUUCCCCUCAGUGGAGAUGACCAUCAGGACCAAGUGGGAGGGAGCAGCCAUUGACUGGAAUGGGACUGUUCCUUUUUUCUGACCUGUACUGUGAGGCCCACAGUAGCUUUUUCCUCUCCACACAGUUAGAUUCAUCCUCAAUGCAGUGUCUACGCACAAUGCUACAAAACACAGGGUGGCUGCCACACAGGAGUGCAAUACAACACUAAACACACAAGCAACACGAUAUUGUUAAGAAAUGCAACAACAGUGUGAACUUAUACAACACAACAAUGACAACAGACACUGUAGUUCAAAAAUAUCAGUAACGACACACUGAUGUCAACUCACGGAGCACUGUCACCUCACACAACAAGACAACUCUGGCAACACAAACAGC